AAAAGGAGAUUUUGCACGGUAUCGGUGGCAGUUUCCGGUCCGGACAACUAACGGCCAUCAUGGGACCGUCGGGAUGUGGUAAGAGCACAUUACUCAACGUCCUCGCCGGAUACUCGAUAAGUGGAAGUUCGGGCCAAGUGUAUUUGAACGACUCGUUGCGAGAUGAAAAACAAAUGGCGAACAUCAGCUGUUACAUACAACAGGACGAUUACGUGCGCGACCUGUUGACCGUCAGGGAAUCGAUGACUGUGGCAGCCCACCUCAAGUUACCGACAACCGUGUCGGCGAUAUCGAAAGCCAACCAAGUGGAGGACCUGCUGAACGCAUURGGUCUGUCUUUCCACGGAGACACCGUUACCAAACAUCUCUCCGGGGGCCAGAAAAAGAGACUGUCCAUCGCUUUAGAACUCAUUACAAACCCGUCGAUAUUAUUUCUGGACGAGCCCACCUCUGGAUUGGACAGUCAAUCUUGUAGCCAAUUCGUAUCACUGAUGGCUGACCUAGCUCACCACCAAAAUCGUACCAUGGUGUGCACACURCACCAGCCUAGUGCUUUACUGUUCGAAAAGUUUGACCAAGUUUAUGCGUUAAGCUCGGGCCGGUGCAUCUACCAAGGACCACCCAACUUAGUUAUUCCUUACUUUGCCGAACGGUUAGUCGUAUGUCCACCUUACCAUAAUCCAGCUGAUUUUUUGAUCGAAGUGGCCAUAGGUGAAUAUGUUACUGAUGACGUACUCGUUGAAUUGUUCGAUACAACAAAAAUCACGAACACAAAUGGCCGCAACAAGUGUCAUACAAUUUCUGACGAAGACCACGAACAAAUAGAAUUAGAAAUUGACACGUGCCAGGAAGACAACAAUACCAAUGACGAACGAUUAUCGUAUAAAAUAGAACUUUCAAAUAAGCCUAGGUUUUAUGUACAGAUCUAUCAUUUAUAUAUGCGAAACAUAACCAUGUACAAACGCAACAAAACUUACCUGCUGUUGCGGAUCGUCAUCCAUUUAGCCGUAGCCCUCAUAAUUAGUUACAUGUACCGUGGAUCGGGCAACGAUGCGGCUCGAGUGUUCAUCAACAUGAAGUUCGUAUACGCCUCUAAUUUGUUUUUGGUCUACACCGGUUUGAUGUCCGUCAUCGUUUCUUUCCCAUUAGAGUUUAUGGUCGUGAAGAGGGAACACUUCAACAGUUGGUACACGCUUUUCCCGUACAUCGUAUCCAUAUUGAUGGUCGAAAUACCGCUACAGAUAUUGUGUUGUAUCGUCUACAUCGUACCGGCGUAUGCAAUCACUAGCCAACCGUUUGAACUUAUGCGAUUUGGUUACUUCGCCGUUUUCCUGAUUGCCACUUCCAUGACGUCACAGAGUGCAGGAUUCUUGUGCGGUGCAACCAUGCCGUUGAAGAUUUCUGUGUUCGUUGGACCAGUAUUUGUGGUGUUACUCUCCGUGUUUGGAUUUGCCAUAAGGUUUCCGGAYGUACCUUCCAUGUACGUGUGGCUCCACCAUUUCAGUUUCAUCAGAGCAUCGUUUCAGAGUAUCAUGUACUCACUGUACGGCCUUGACAGGGGCAUUUUACCGUGUUCUGACGAGAUGUAUUGCCACUACAAGAAUCCAGUUAAGUUUCUCAACGAAAUGGAUUUCGCCCGAGUUAACAUUUAUCCCGAAUUUGUCUACAUAUGCUUUUUUUGCCUGUGUACUUACAUGCUGACAUCAACUGUCAUAUGGUACAGACUGAACAAACGUUAGAUUUCACUCAAAACCACCAAACCGAGAAUCGUCGGAUUAUCCGUCACAAAAGUGGUUUUUUCUGAAAUGUAUCAUCAUAUAUUAUAUUAGGUAUUAUAUAUUGUAUUUAUUUAUAUGUGAUGUCACUUUUUAAUGCAAUUAUUUUAUUAUGUCACAAAAAUAUAAAUUAUUUGAACACAUUUAACUAGGCAUCUAUGUAUGUAUCUUAAUUUGAAGAUCAUGUCAUUAAUUUAUUUACAAAACCGAAAACCCUUUCAAGAGGAUGCUAGUCAUGUGUUUGUUGUCUUCGCCUUAAAAACGUACGACUUAAAUAACAAAUUUUCGUUCACUA